CCUAUAUUUGUUCCUGCAGGUAUGCACUGGAGUUGCAUAUGGUUCACGUCAGUUCAGAUGGAAGCAUUGCUGUCAUCGGCAUCAUGUACCAAUUUGGCAGCCCCGAUCCCUUCCUUUCAGAGCUGAAGAAGUACUUGGAGUAUCUGAUAAUGAUGCAAAAAGAUGAGGUUGUUGUGGGGUAUUUAUCUCCACCACCAAUAACGAAAGGAGCUCCUUAUUACAGAUAUUCUGGCUCUCUAACCACUCCACCCUGCACUGAGAAUGUUACUUGGAUCCUAUUACAUGAGGUGAGGACCGCAUCAGAAGAACAAUUACGCUUGCUAAGGACUGCUGUGCACGAUAAGGACAAUGCAAGACCAAUUCAACCAAUCAA